AAUUGGUGUUUAGUGAGUUUUUACUAAGGAAUGUUCAAUAACGUACCUAAAAAAUAAUAACUUGACAAAUAAAAAAUUAAAUAAAUAGCCUUCCUACUUAUUUUGUACAAAAUCCUAACAAGAAUAUCUGCUAACCUCGAUUCUUAUAAUGUGCACAUCGCGUGUACAUCAAUAACUAGUUUUUUUGAUCAUAAAACAAAAAAGUUAAGUAACAUCGCGUGAUAUGUUAUUUUCCAUACAAAAGUUUACUGACAUAGUGACAAUGUUUACAAGGUUAUUUCUAGUGACAAUUUCAGUGACCACCGUUUUAUGCGGGCAGUGUUACUGGAACUCUACACCUUAUAAAUAUUUUGGCGGCAAAACUUUGUAUGAUGACGUGAGAGGCGACAUAAGAAAUGUGACUGAAUUACAUGGGUGUCAACCGAUCAGUCUCUGGCUGCUUUCUCGGCACGGCUCCCGGAAUCCUGGCGAGGCUAACAUCAGACACAUUAAAGACGCAAUGAGAAUAAGAGAUGAUAUUUUGACGAGUCAUUCUCAAGGGAGAGGGGAGUUAUGUGAUCAGGAUAUAGCCGAUUUGGAAGCGUGGAGAUGGAAUGAUACAAUAGAUGCUACACCUUACUUCCUCACCUCCAGGGGUUACAGGGAAUUGAGAGAAAUGGCUGGAAGAAUCAAUGACACCUUCUAUACUCUAUUGAAGAACCUUCCAGUACAUUACAUCAGAUCUACAGAUGAACAAAGAACUAUUGAGAGUGCUAAGGGUUUCCUUAGCGGAUUGGAUACCAGAUUGGGUUAUAAAAUACUUGAACCCUUGGAGAAGGACAAAGAUUUAAUUUUAUUGCCUUACAAGAACUGUGAGGUUCAUUUAAAAGAAGCAUGGAACGGCCCAAGAAGACAACUUGAGUUGAACAAAUAUUUUGAUAGUAGCGAUUUUAAACAGCUUUCAGACAAUCUCCAAAAACGGACAGGUCUUCGAGAACCCGUGUCAACAUCGAACAUAUCUGGACUUUACGACCUCUGUAGAUUCCAUCGGUCCUUCUCGGAGACUGCCCGGUCGCCCUGGUGCGCACUCUUCUCUAAAGAAGAUCUCGAAGUGCUGGAAUACACAGAAGAUAUACGCCACUACUUCAGGAGUGGCUACGGCUUGCAUUUUAACAUCAAACUUGGGGAAUUAGCCUUAGAGGAUAUGCUUCAAAAGUUCAAUGCCGCUGUUUUUGAUUCCCAACCUUCAUUCACCGCGUAUAUCUCACACGACAGCCUGAUGGAUAUGGUCUUCAGUGCAUUAGGCUUGUUCCGUGAUGAGGAAGGUGUUUCCGCUGCGAAAAGGGACCCGAUGAGGAAGUGGAGAAGUAGCUUUAAUACACCUUUCGCUGCUAACAUAUUAGCCGUUUUGUACAGAUGCAUUGACCUGGAAAACACCAACCACUACAAGGUGCAAUUCUUUGUAAAUGAGAGACCAGUGAAUGUCUGCGAGGAGCUGGCCUGUUCAUGGUCCGAAUACCAGGAUAAAUUCAGACCAUUCCUGAACAGCAGCCUUAAUUUUUGUACAAUAAAAUGA